CACACACUGAGAUGUGGGACGUGACUCCAGCGGACGCUCAUCUCCUCACAGCUCUCAGUGCUCAUAAAGUCAACGACUAUGUUCAGUGAUCUUUUGUCUGAUCUAUUUAUUAUAGAAAGUUCAUUCCGUCUGGAGAUGUGACCUCGUAAAAGCGAUUUUGUGGGCAGUUUGUGGGUAAAUUCGCCGGAUGCGUUGGACAAGUGCCAUAUGUUCUGUAGAUACCAUAAUUUUGUUGAUGGAGAGGAUUUCGAAUGACAGCCGGCACAGUGGUCAUCACAGGUGGAAUUUUAGCAGCAGUCAUCUUGCUAACUAUUGUCACAGUUUUGUGUUACUGUAGGCUGCAGUAUUACUGCUGUAAAAGAGAAGAGUCGGAGGAGGGGGAGGAGGAGGCUGACGUUGCCAAGGCAUCGCCAAGUCCACCGCGCCAACCGAGUCCACCUGAGAGUCCACUGAGUCUUCAACAUUUCCCCGAAUACGCGUCCUCCAAUCAGCUGCUAAUGACUGCAGAGCCUUUUGAGCCCAAUGGACCAGUCAGUUAUCCUCAGUACACCCCACGCAUACCCUACAGGCCGCCCCGCUCAUACACUUUCUGCCCCUCCUGCUCGGGCUAUCUGCCACUGUACGUGAGUCCACAGGAGGGGCUGCGCAAUGGAGGUGGCAGGAUCAGCUACAGGACUCUGCAGCAGGAGGAAUUAGACCUGCCAAUGGAUACGCCCAGCUUCCACAAACUCAACCUCAUCCGCUCCGUCACCAUGCAGGAAGUGCUGACUCAUCACAGCGUCAGCACGGAUGUGUAGCACCUCGUAUUCACCUGAAAUAUUGUGUGUUUCACAUUUGUAAUGCUGCUUUCUGUACCCAGUGCUCAAUUUUAUUCAUUUUAUUUCAUUAGAUCCAAUAUAUCUACUUUUGAUUGACUGAUUGAUUGAUUGAUUAGUUGGUUGGUUGAUUUUAUUGAUUGAUUGAAAAAACGGAAAAGGCAAUUAUCUGCAAGGACAUUAUCUGUUAAGUUUACUGACAUUUCCUUUAACCCAUAUAAGAAAAGAUAUAGAACCUUAUAUAGAACCUUAUAGGUUUUAUUUCAUAAAAUUCGAUGGCUCAGUGAGGCCUCUAUUGCCAGCAAGACAAUUAACACUUUCAAUGCCCAGAAAGCUACUAAAGACGUAUUUAAAACAGUUCAUGUGAUAAGAAUACUUUUUGUGCGCCAAAAAAACAAAAUAAUGACUUUAUUCAACAAUAUCUUGUGAUGGGCGAUUUCAAAACACUGCUUCAUGAAGUUUCAAAGCUUUGGCUGUUUGAUACACGCUCUGAACCACUGAUUUGAAAUAAAAGAUUCGUAAAGCUUCGAAGCUUCAUGAAGCAGUGUUUUGAAAUCACCCAUCACUAGAUAUUGUUGAAUAAAGUCAUUAUUUAGUUUUUUUUUUUGGCGCACAAAAAGUAUUCUUGUCGCUUCAUAACAUUAAGGUUGAACCACUGUAGUCACAUGAACUGUUUUAAAUAUGUCUUUAGUAGCUUUCUGGGCAUUGAAAGUGUUAAUUAUCUUGCUGUCAAUGCAGGCCUCACUGAGCCAUCGGAUUUUAUGAAAAAUAUCUUAAUUUGUGUUCCGAAGAUGAACGAAGGUCUUACGGGUGUGGAACGACAUGAGGGUGAGUAAUUAAUGACAGAAUUUUCAUUUUUGGGUGAACUAACCCUUUAAAGGGUUCUGUUAGGCGAGAACCUUUUUGGUAUAAAGAAUUCUUUAACAGAACCCUAGGGUUCUAUAUAGAACCCCACUGAACCUUUUUUUCUAAGAGUGUAAAACACAAUACAAAGCGAUGCGUAAUUCAAAAUGUGGGUAAAACACCUGUGAAAAAUAAAUACAGAAAAUUCCCUCCUAUUAACACAGUACAUUGUGUCCUAUUUUUACAGAAUUUUCUUAGACUGUGUAAUAAAAGCAUUUGCUUUAUUAUUCAUACGUUCACUCUUCAUAUGUAACUAAUAGGGCUUUUUAUUGGCAUGAGAACUGGAGAGUAAAAUUUUGAUAUCUUUGAUAUUGUUUCACAUUUUGUCUAUCACGGAUAUUUACUGCUGUAACGAAAUAUACGAUCAAAAGAUAUAUUAGGUUGGUGUGAUUUGGUAUGAUUAAACUGAAAAUGGUGAGGAUGUACAGUAUAUUUAAGUUGUGAAAUGAUGAUAUCACCUGCGGUCAUAGUUUUACAUGUAGGAUUGUGAAUUUGUGUGUCUGUUUGUGUAAUACAUUUAAUUGACUGACUUUAUAAUUGUCUGCAAUCUCAUCUUUGUGUGUAGUGCCACUCACUUUGCAUUGAUUUUGAUCCAAAAGAACUCUGAAGUCACCAGAAUAAUGAUCUGUUGUUGUCUUUUAACUUUUUAUUUGUUAAUAAAUGCAAGAUUUGUUAAUAUUAACAGUAGUUGUGUGAGGGUUUAAUGAGCAGUUUUUGAGCUCUCAUGAUGUGAUGAACACAUUUAACUGCACAUUGUUGGCCAGCAGGAGGCAUCAGUUCUUGUGCAGAAAAAAAGGGUCUAUCCAUACUUUGGUAAAUUAAAAACAUUAAACGA